UCACUCCGCGCCGACUCCGCCUCUGGAGGCGUCGCUCGCCGACCGCGUCAUCAUGGAGCUGAGGACCGGUGUUUCCAAACAGGACAUUCGCGAACAGAUCUGGGACUACAUGGAAUCACGAAACUUAGCGGAUUUUCCCCGGCCUGUUCAUCACAGGAUUCCCAACUUCAAGGGCUCUUAUCUGGCUUGCCAAAACAUCAGAGACCUAGAAGUUUUCGCCAGAACACGGGAAGUCAAAGUGGACCCCGACAAACCGCUGGAAGGCGUCCGGCUGCUGGCGCUGCAGAGCAAAAAAACAUUGUUGGUGCCAACACCACGGCUGAGAACGGGGUUAUUUAAUAAGAUCACGCCGCCGCCCGGCGCAACGAAGGACGUCUUGAGAAAAUGCGCCACCUCUCAGGGCGUGCGCAACUACAGCACCCCCGUGGGCUUGGAUUCCAGGGUCCUUGUGGACUCGGUGGUGGUGGGGUCCGUCGCUGUUUCUGAAAAAGGUUGGAGAAUUGGGAAGGGAGAAGGUUAUGCUGAUCUGGAAUAUGCCAUGAUGGUGUCGAUGGGAGCGGUCAGCCCGGAGACACCAGUGGUCACCAUCGUCCACGACUGCCAGGUCAUCGACAUACCUGAAGCGCUGCUCGAGGACCACGACCUCACCGUGGACUACGUUCUCACUCCGACGAGAGUCAUUGCCACGGGGUGUGAGCGCCCAAAGCCAACGGGAAUCUUGUGGUCCAAGAUCAGCUGGGAGGUGAUGGGGAAAAUCCCAGUACUCCAAAGCCUUCGUCACCGAGAGAAGCAGGCUGGGAAAGACGUCACCCUCCGGGACGAGCCCCGGCGCCUCCUGGGAGCCAGCAGCCAGCAGCCAGCUCACCUGACCGCCGUCCGGGGGCCCCGGGACCCACCCCUGCCAGAACCCUGCCCUGCACAGGGGGAGGACGGGCCCACUGGCACCGUUUGCGUCGGGAACCUUCCCCGGGACGCCCGAGUGAGCGAGCUGAAGAGAGCCCUCCGAGAACUCGGAGCGGUCCCCCAGAGGCUCACUUGGCAGGGGCCCCGGGGCAGGGCCCUCCUGCAUUACCAGGCCCCGGCCUCCGCCCAGCAGGCCGUCUCCCGCUUGCAGGGCUUGCGCUUGGGGGCGGCCACCUUGACCGUGGCACUGGCCAGGCGGCAGAGGGCCAGCGACCUGCCGGGCGGCCGCGUGCAGGAGCCACAGCCUGACUGUCGCCCGGCCGUCGCCGACCUGUGAUGGGGCGCUGCUCCGGUCCCCGUGGAACUUGAGGGGCGUGGCAGCAGGACUCGGCAGAGCGUUGCUGUGUGAGCGGCUUUGGGCCCAGGCCUCUCCAGGAUGGCCCAGCCUUGUGUCACUGCCCAGGACCUCCUGACGAGUAGAGAGUCAGCCAGUAGCUCACGGCCGACACGUCCCAGCCCUGCUGUGUCUGCGUCCCGUAACCUGCUGGGUGUUGCCACCACACUGGCUUCUCUGGUUAUUCAGAGGCCGCAGGGGACCGAGUCCGAGUAAACGGUGACAGCCAGGGGUUUGUGGUUGUGGGGAGGGGGGAGUAAGGGGCGAGGCCCUGGCGGGGGUCAGGGGCAGGUGCACGCCCUGCUGUCCUGGGAUCCUGGGUCUGGAACCACCGCAGGGGGAGAGCUGUGUUCAGAUCGCAGAAGCCAACAAGCGCGAUCUCCUGGGUGCAGCGGUUUGUCACAACUUGGCGCUGGUGUCCGUGACGGAGAGCCCGUGUGACUGGAGGGUGGUACACACCUCACUGCUCUGCCCUCCUUGCCUUUCCGGCCUCACCCCUCCAUCCGGGAGAACACCCUCCACUCCACAUGGUCUUGUAGGAGGUACCCGCCAUGGAGAAUGAGCUGUCCCAGCCUGUGUCACAGACAGUGACAGACGCUCAUGCCGAUUUGCCUCAUGCCCCACGUUUCUUGGUUUUUUCCCUCCACUUUUCCUAAAAAGCAAACUGGAUUUUGGCUGAACUAUGCUUUCUAAACAGAAGCACUUUUGCAAUGGAUCCUGGGCAAAAAGUCAAAGAAAGCAUUUACAUGGAGAUUUUUUUUUUUUAAUGUAUACACGUGAGAAAUUUUAGUUUUUUCACCAGCAGGUCGUACUGGGCACGUUGCAAGCACAUUGUUACACCUCAGGAGGGCCUGGCUUGCGUGUGCUUUCAAGAAAACCUUGAGGCACUCGGUCUCCCUCGCCAAAGCACUUUCUCAUUGGCUUUACAACGAAAAUACCGUGAAGACGUCGGAAAAGCCUGCCCUGAGAUUGCUCAGUAAAUGUAGGCUCCUUUCCCAAGGCGUCAGGAAUCAAACAAAGGGCAGAAAGAUCUUCUGGGCUCUCUCUCCCCACCUGUACCGCCCACCCCACCCUUGUGGCUGCCUUUUGCUUCGUCACCCAGCGCCCGGCUCAGAUGUUAGAGGCUGAACCUGAACCCCUCACCCAGAGCAGCAGUCUGGUCGUCUGACGCCUCACGGUUUUUUGUUUUGCUUUUUUGCCUUGUUUCUCCUGUCUUUUUUCCAUAAAUUUUCCCUGUAUUUGACAUA